AUUAUUUAAUGAAGAAUGGCUUGGAUCACUCCAUAAACUGAACAAUUUGUACAAGCUCUGUACUGAAACAAUCCCAGUAUGAAACAUUGCUCAACUGUCAUAUAAUCCGAGAUUUGUAAAAUUAAGAGGAGAAAAAGAUACAUAGUCCCAGGUAUGGGAAAGACCCAGAGAAACCCAGUGUGGGAGGGCUCUCCAUGGAAAUCUGCAAAAGGAACAGCUAAGGAAAGAAAAUGGGACAAGGACAAGGUCAACUCCUUGAGAAAUUCCAGUUGCUGCUCAUGAGGAUUUAUGAGCAUCUUGCCAGUGUCCCAAAGAGAAGCCAACAGCUGCCGUAGUUAGAAGAAAAUCUGAGAAUCAAGUCUGCAAACCUUAUUUAGGUAAGUAAUUCCUAACACUUGUAAAAAAAUCUCUUUGGGGUUAAGGGGUUUUCUUGGAAAAGGGAGGACUGUGGCAGAGAUAAACAUUUCCUCCCAAUGGGCAAAUGAAGGGUCUCCAGGUUGUGUAAUUCCUCCUCCUUUAUCAAACUUUCCCCUCCACAGCAAAGACUCUUGUCCACUCACAUAAAGCACCUUCAUUCAGAGUUGCAGAGCUACUGAUGACCCCACAGAUUCUGCCAGCCUCCUGCAACUGGCACUCCUGUCAAAUUAUUCAGGAUUUUUCACAGAUUAGGCCCGAAGUCCUUUCCCUUAAUCACAAACCCACCCACUUUUGCCCCUUCAACUCCUUUCUCUUCUGUAUUUUACAUCAAGUAGACUUUUCUAGGCCUCAGAAAUAAUUCAUUUUAGGCGGUGUUCAUUUUCAGUGAUUCAGUCUUUGAUGCCUAAGAGAAAUAACUUUGACUCGGGAAUUAGGGACCGGCUUCAGUAGACCUGCUUCUGAGUUAAAUCCCCAGAACUGGGAAAAAGAAACAAGCAUGAUCUAAGAGCAGUUCUGAUCUUGUAUGCUUCUAGAACCAAAAGAAGUAAGAAGAGUAAAUAAAGAGGUAGGCAAGAGGGCAAUUUGUGGAAUAUAAGAGAGACCAAGGGCCUGGCCGUCCAUUGCCUGCAUUUGGUACCACACUAAUUCAUUGGUGUGAGAAAAUGCUUCACCCAAGGUAUGCUUGACUUUAAGGGACUAUUCAAUGUCACACAGAGCCUGGAAAAUUGGGUAAACAUUCAUUGCAUACAGUCAGAAUAAUACUCAGGCUGUAUUAGAUGCAAUAGUAAGUCAAGGCUGUAAAUAUCCUGGUUGUACAGCACAUAGUACAGGGGGACCAGCUGGUACUAUCACAAUAGAACAAAACAUUUCUUUCUCUCCUCUCUACCAGCGACAGAACUCCUGAAGACCAAAGAGAAGUGGCAAAAAUAAACAAACAUUUUCUUACAGCAUUAAACAAAAAAAAAAAAAAAAAAAAAAAGUACCAGGACUUGUAACUCCUGUGCUCGUGUCUUAAAUUGUGAAUCUGCAGCUUGUGGGCAGGAGGCAAUCCCACCUGUGGGAUGAUGUUGAGAAAAAAUGUCAGUAGGGUGCAGAGCAUACAGUGAGUUGGACUCGUACUCACUCCCUGAACGGGUACGAAUCAGUGAGGCGGGUGCAGGGCCGCUUGCAGCAGAGGUAAGAAAUGGCACAGCAUGUCACUGCCCACAGCCCCAUGCUGAGGGGCUCUGCCUCUUACCAACUGCAACCAGAGUUUGGCCACCCUGAGGACGCUAUAAAUUCAGAUUUACGUGGGAACUGGAAUGGAAUCUGUUCUGCUUGCUCCAAAGUAAAUGGCAAUCUCUCACAUUAACUGCAACACAACUAGUUUAAGUGCUGCAUUGAAGAAAGGACUUGGGGACUUACUAACAAGAGCUGGUUUUGCCUGCGUUUUAGGUAACUGAUUACCACAGUCACCAGGAAAAAGGCAAAUUUACCUGCUGGUUAUGGCAAAUGCCCAGCACUAGAAUCCACAGCUCAGCUAACUGAUCCAGGCCAGUCCCCACCUCCCACAUCCAGCGUCCAGAACACUUUGCAGGGAAAAGCCCCUGCCUUUUCUUUGACGUGUGACCAAUGAAGGAGGGGAGGGUGGCCAUCAUCCUGGGACAGGCCACUUCACCACAGCUGAGUGCUUACAGCAUGUGAAAUUCGGUCUCAACCUUCUGACGCAGAGAUCAGAGCUCCUAGUCUCUCUCUAAGCUUGCCCUAACCUUAAUGCCAUAGGGAUGGAGCUAUUUUUGCUUCUCUCUGAAGCAGGGCCAUUUGCUGGGCCGGACAGCAGGAUCCUUUCAGUUCACCCCAGAGAUGGGGCUAGGAAGAGGGAGGCUCACUUUUUCUGGCACUGCUCAGAAAGAGUGGGUUUGACACCUCUGUCAAUCGGCGAUGGCAGGAAGAAGCACAGUGUGUGCCGAGGCACGCAGAGGGAUAGGGCUGAUGCUAGUCUCAGCAAGAGGUGGUACUGCUGACUGGAUGAGCCCGGGACAGUGACAGCAGCCGGGAUUACACUUCUUAGCAAAGACAGAAGCAGUAGCAGCACGGCCAGGCCUGGCUUCACACCCUCAGUUGGGCUGACUCGCAGCAUCUAAUUUUGUCUAAUCCCUAAAUGCUACCAAAACACCUUCUUUUCUUCUCACGACAUGACUGUAGAGAAUCUGAAAUAAAUGUUGCAUUUAAAAAUUUUGCUUGGUACAGCAAAAACGAUGACAACAAAGCACGAGCGUUCCGAUUUCCUGGAGAACGAUUUCCUUGAUGAUGCCUGGGGGCUUUGCAGCCCCGGUCCCCCCCCCCCCCCCCCGCAGGGCGCCAGGGGGGGAGGAGGGGAAAGGGGGUUUGGAGCACCACACGCCCCUCGCCAGCCCCCCCGGGGCAGACGGAGGUGCCAGAUUUAAGCGUUAAAAAACGCCGUGAGCGGAAGAGAAGCGAGAGCAGGGAGGGGGGGAGGCUGGAGGGCAGCGGGGCCGGACGGGGUACGAGCUGCCCGGCGCUACCCUGCCUCCUUCCCCCGCCCCGAGCCGGUGUCAGGUAUUGCGAGGAGGGGUAGGGGCCCGGGGAGGAGAUGGCUGGAGGCUUUCCAGCCCCGGCUCACGCAAUGCAAACUCCGCACGCAACGGGGAGGCGACAGGCGGAGGAGGGGAAGCUCUCCGGCUUCCUCAGCCCCCAAGAUGCAGGCGAGCCUUUGCCUCCCGCCAGCGAGGGCUGCGAGCCCGCCCGCCACCCCGCUCCCCUCCCGGCACCUCCUCCGCCAAAACUUUCGGCCCCGGCCAUAAAAGCAUCCGCGGCUCAGCCGCUCCGCUUGGCGAGGGCCCAAGGGCGGCUGGCAAAUAGCUGCGACCCCUCCAGCCAGGGGAAGGGCCAGGCAGCGGCGAUUUGUCAGCGGGGCGAAGGGCGGCACGCCCGCACCGCGCCGCGCACCGCGGGUGCCGGCGGAUUUAAAGCCGCGAGUGCCGAUGCCAGGCGCCCAGACGCGGUUGCUGCGGCUCCGGCUGGAGGGCCGUGCUCCCCACGGCCUCAGAGCCGUGCUCCCCACGGCCUCAGAGCCGCUCCUUCGCUCCCUGCAGCCGGGAGGGAAGGAGAAGGCGGCGGCAGCAGCAGCAGCCCGCUCACCCCCGGUCCGCGGGGCUGCACCGGGCAGGUGGCUGCCGGCGGGGCGAGCCCCCAAGGGUUAAAGCGCUGGGGAAGGUGAAAACAACACUGGGCUGGGAUCGGUUGCAGUUUGCCUGCACAUGACCCGCCAAGCUCCGGCUGUCAGGAACCGGGGCUCCCAAUGAGUUUCCCAGAGGCUGGGAUCUGAAGGUCGCCGCCGCUCUCCUCCCGGGGCUGCCCGUUAGAGCUGCCGCCGGCUGCCCCGGCUCCUCUCCAUCCUCCCCGAGGUCUCGGAUGGAAGCAGCGUGCAACAGGUCAGUUCUGCUACCGGCGCCCGAGGCGGCCGUUUACUUCACCCCUUCUCCCCCCUCGCCGCCUCAGAAAGGCUGGAGCAAAGCGGUGGGAGCGGGCGGUCCCCGGGGAUGGGGAUGGGGAGCGGGACCCGUCAGCUCCGCCACGCCGGGACCUCGGGCACCCUCCGCAGCCCAUCCCCGCGGCCGCCGGCCUGCGCUGCCGCGACGGGCAGGAAGGUGCGGGGAGGAGAGAAGGGCUCGGGACGGACGGGGCUCCGCGGCCGUGUGCGGAGGUUUCCUCUCCGGCGCAGGGCGGGGGGGAAAGCUCCGACGGCGGCGUGGGGAGCCCGUUUCCCGCCGCGGCUCUUUUCGCCUGACGUGCAGCGCCGGGAUGAACCUGCCCCGCCGCCAAAAAAACCCACGGUCUCGCUCCCCCGAUUGAGCGCUUGCCGCUCGGCUGUCGGUUACCGCUCGCUUUCCGCGCAGGAGCCGGGGCGGGCCACAGGGGUGCGAGGAGCGCCGAGCCAAGGCGCACCCCGACCCGGCGGGCCGAAGCGGCUGCCAGCGGGGCUUCUCCUCCCCGCCGGCGGGCGAGGGGCAGCGCCCCAGCCCUUCCCGCCGCCCGACCGCCGCCCGCUGACCUCUCCCCGUCCCUUGCAGCAUGGCCCUGGAGCGGCUGGGCGAAGCCCUGCGCGGCAUCCCCGCCUCGCAAAGCUGGCUGCUGCUCCUCCUCGCCCUGCUCGCCGCCGUCCACCUGGGCAAACUCCUUCUGCAGCGGCGGCGGCGCCGGCGGCUGGGCCAGCGCCGGGCUCCGCCGGGCCCAUUCCCUUGGCCCCUCAUCGGCAACGCGGCUCAGCUGGGCAGCGCCCCGCACCUCUCCUUCGCCCGGCUGGCCAGCACCUACGGCGCCAUCUUCCAGCUCCGCCUGGGCCGCUGGCCCGUCGUGGUGCUGAACGGGGAGCGCGCCAUCCGCCAGGCGCUCGUCCGCCAGGGGGCGGCCUUCGCCGGCCGCCCGCCCUUCCCCUCCUUCCGCCUGGUGUCGGGCGGCCGCAGCCUGGCCUUCGGCGGCUACUCCGAGCUCUGGAAGCUGCACCGGCGGGCGGCCCACGCCACGGUGCGGGCCUUCUCCACCGGCAGCCCCGCCACCCGCCGCCUGCUCGAGCGGCACCUGGUGGGCGAAGCCCGGGCGCUGGUGGCGCUGCUGGUGCGGGGCAGCGCCGGCGGCGCCUUCCUCGAUCCCUCCCGCGUCCUGGUGGUGGCCGUGGCCAACGUGAUGAGCGCCCUGUGCUUCGGCCGCCGCUACAGCCACGGCGACGGAGAGUUCCUGCGCCUGGUGGGGCGCAACGAGCAGUUCGGGCGGGCGGUGGGCGCCGGCAGCCUGGUGGACGCGCUGCCCUGGCUCCGCCGCUUCCCCAGCCCCGUGCGUGCCGCCUACCGCGCCUUCCGCGACCUCAACCGCGACUUCUACGGCUUCGUCCGCGGCAAGUUCCUGCAGCACCAGCGCAGCCUGCGCCCGGGGGCCGCCCCACGCGACAUGAUGGACGCCUUCAUCCGCCUGCAGCGGGAGCAGCCGCGGCUGCAGCUCGAGCACGUGCCCGCCACCGUCACCGACAUCUUCGGCGCCAGCCAGGACACCCUCUCCACCGCCCUGCAGUGGCUCCUUAUCUUCCUCAUCAGGUAUCCGAAUGUGCAGGCUAAAAUGCAAGAAGAAGUGGAUAGGAUUGUUGGAAGAGACCGCCUGCCAUGUGCUGAAGAUCAGCCUCACCUGCCCUACAUCAUGGCUUUCUUGUACGAAUCCAUGCGUUUCAGCAGCUUCGUGCCUGUUACUAUCCCACACGCCACCACAACCAACACCUUCAUAAUGGGCUACCUCAUUCCCAAGGACACUGUGAUUUUUGUUAAUCAGUGGUCAGUGAAUCAUGAUCCAGCAAAAUGGUCCAACCCAGAGGAUUUUGAUCCAACGAGAUUCCUGGAUGAGAAUGGAUUUAUCAAUAAAGAUCUUACUAGUAGCGUGAUGAUUUUCUCAUUGGGAAAACGUCGGUGUAUUGGAGAGGAGUUAUCCAAGGUGCAGCUGUUUCUCUUUACCUCCAUACUAGUACAUCAGUGCAAUUUUACUGCUAAUCCAAACGAGGACCCUAAAAUGGACUUUACCUAUGGGCUGACCAUUAAACCUAAGCCUUUUACCUUGAAUGUUACACUCAGAGAUACUAUGGAUUUGCUCGAUCAGGCUGUCCAAAGACUGCAAGCAGAGAAAGCAGCCAGUGAUAAUCAGCUGUCAGCAAAUGCCUAAGCAAGAAACCUUGCAUCUGAAGAUAAUCCCUCUCUUUUUAGACUUAAGUUAUAGUUUGUUCUGGUGAUCUGUCUGGAAAACAGCCAAUAUUACAGGUUACAAGAGCAGGAAGGAAAACUGCAUAAGGUAUAGUUCAGUCCUCAUUUUAAUUCUAGGGGAGCCAGGAGAACAGUUUAAUAUAUUAAAUGAUAAAACACACAAUUUGAAAAUGAGCCUCCUCUUUUCUAGCUUGGUCACAGAAGUUGCUAUUGUCAAGCAUUUUUUAUCUACAGACUGGUUGGAGCAUCUCCAGGAACUGUUUGUACAAUUCUUUCCAUGUCUCUAUGUGCUAUGCCUUAACUCGUAAGUUUGCCUUCAGUGACUCCACAUCCCAAAGUGAAAUCUCUUAUUUUAAAAAAUUAAAAAAAAAAAAAAAUUGCUCAGAACACUGCAGCCUGCCUCUGAAUUCACUCUACUGGAAACUGCCAUAGGCACAUGGCAGCUCCUGUGUUGCAACUGCUGGGAUGUACGUUAAUGCCUCAAUAAUAAAUGUUCAAAGGAUUUUUGGUAGAAUGACAACAUAAAGUCUUUAGCACUCCAAAGUGUUUGCAUAAAUGACUGAAAAGACUAAAAGCGCAUUUCAAAAUAAAAUUUGUGUUUUAUUUGAGAAUGAACGGAAUGCCCUAAUAUAGUAACUUUUCAUUAAGUUUUGAAAGAUCAGAUUUGAUAUGUCACCAAAGGGCGAGGGUGAUACAAACCAUAGGCUAAUAUGUUCAUUAGCAUAUUCAUGAACAAAAUAGAUACCUGAAUUAGAAAGUUUUAUAAAUGUAUAGCUGAACUUUGUAUUACUCUAGUAAAGAGUUAAUAUCUCUGUCCCUAGGCACAUAGGUGAGUCCAGUAAAAUCCACAUGGGCAGAGGUAUUUACCAGCAAGAAUUUGGGGGUUUUAAUGUAAAACUUUUCAUGCCACAAUCCUCAGGUAAAGCAUACAGCAAGUAUACCCCUUCUCACUAGUCACUCCGUUAGGUUGAGUUAAAUGGUAUAUCCAGAAAUCAACUAUGUACUUUCACUGUGAUUUGCUUGAAACAAAAUCUCAGAAGGAAAACUAACAUCACAUGUCCUAAUUAAUAUACCCAUCAACUGAAGAAAAGGUGUUCUUAAAAUUUUUGUGAGGCAAAAGACAAUUUUGAAACCCCCAAACAACAAAAACUAUUAAAGUAAAACACACACAUGAAACUUUAUGGCCUCAAACCUCUGGCUAAUGUUAGUGUGCACAAAGCUGUGUGUAUUUCUCUAAAGAGCAGACAACUCUAUGCAAAUGCCUGAUUUUGAAAAGCUUUGGGUGCUUCUUUGGAGCUGCAGAUCACGUUCAAUUACAUAUGAAAUCUGUCAGAAAUGAGAGUACCUCACAUGACUUGCUGUGUUCAGCCUAGUAGUAAAUAAGGUAUUAGUAGAGCUAGAAAAAUAAGGGUGCAAUGCUAGACAGUAAAGCAGCUCUGCUGAGACCUAAGCAAGUAAAGAUUUGCACUGGAUCUUCUGAGAGGUGGCCAGUCUUAGUCACGUCGGCAGCAGUGACAGAACUCAUACUGACAUUGGGAAGAGCUGGGUUAAUGACACAAUCCUGAUCUUCUUAAAUAGAAGCUUUGCUACUGAUUUUAAAAACCUUAAUGGAGCCUGUAAGUACUGCUCUGUAACCCCACGCAGUAGUAAAGUACCUGUUUAAAGUCUCUGACUUCAUAUGGCAUCUAUUUUUUUUUUUUUUUUUUAGCUAAAAAGCUUUCUGUUACAUACACAAGGAGUAACCUCAGGUGUUUUUCUAAAUUAUGUGCAAGUUUGUAAUAUCCCAGAACUUAGCCUAUACCUGUGAAAAGCUUUAUAAGAUACUCCGCAUUUUCAUAUGGAGAUCUACAUUAGAUCAAGUGCCAGCCAAAACAAUUUUCCUUGUACCUUGUAAGUAUUGUUAUUAAAAAAAAUAUAGAGGAUGUAACCUACAACUGAAUAGUUAUUCUAACACAGGAUCACCAAUUCAUAUUUUAAUAAAAAUGGCUUUUGCAAUUUUGUACUCUCAAAAGCUUUAACUGUGCAUUGGCUACUAAUGCAACGUCCAUUCACACUGCUCACGUCUGUCAGGGGGUCACACACUAUAUAGCUGUUGGUCAGGUAACGCCUCAUAUAAUUGGUGAAGUUAUUCAAAUUUAGUAGCACCCAUUUAGAAUGUAUGCACACGCAGUUGUUCAGCAAGCUAACUUUUAUGGUCAUUUUGAGAUGUAUUGUGUUACCAAAAUACUGAAUAAAAUUAUUCUUACACUGCC